UAAGAGAGGCGGGGUUGUUGGGCUGCAUGCACGUGGAUAUACCGGGUCACCUGCUGUCUGUCAGCUGCUGACUUCCGAAUGAGGGCGGGAGCUAAGCACGUUCUUUCCUCUACAGAUUUCCGUGCUACUCGUUUUGUUGCAGAAGUUUAUAUCCGGGUAAAGUCGACGGGGUUUCCUCUUGGAGUGAACAUUGCAUAUUUAUGGCGAUUCGGCGCAUAAGAACAGAAUACUGCCAGGCUCAGCACAGCAUUGGCACAGACAAGUGAGCUGAGAAUUCUGUCUGUGCCUCUUUGAGCCCACCCUCCAAUCAUCAGCCUUUUGCCAGCUGCAGUAAAGCAUAUGGGAGUUACUAAAUCUUUUCUUACCUUGCAACCACCUUGCUUUUGCAAAUUCAAUUUUGCAAAUUGGGGACUAAGUGCGGAGGCCAACUCUGCAUUUAAUUUUUCUCCCCCAAAUGAGUGCCUCCUUGUCAUACAGACCAUAGGUAGUUUUUUAAAAUACCCCUUUUUUCCCUUCCAUACGUUAUGUAAGAAAAUCCCAUUGGAUGCUCUACUGCAUCCCUCACAAAGUGCUUGAUUGCAUAAAAAAUAUUGCUGGGACUUUUCCUUCCUGCAAAAAAAAACAUUUUUUUUUCUUUAUAGAAAUUUUUAAUAUUUUUUUGCUGUGAAUUUUUUCAGGAUAAUUUUCCCAAUAUCCUUAUUUUUUUUAAUCUGAUCAAAAUGAACCGUCCGGCUCCAGUAGAAAUCUCUCAUGAGUGCAUGCGUUUUCUAAUUACACAUAAUCCAACCAAUGCCACACUCAACAAGUUCACUGAGGAGCUGAAGAAAUAUGGAGUUACCACCCUAGUGAGAGUAUGCGAUGCAACAUAUGAUAAAGCUCCAGUAGAAAAAGAAGGGAUACAGGUUUUAGAUUGGCCCUUUGAUGAUGGAGCACCACCUCCCACACAGAUAGUCGAUGAUUGGCUAAACCUUUUGAAAACCAAAUUCCGUGAGGAGGCUGGAUGCUGCAUUGCUGUUCACUGUGUAGCUGGACUUGGGAGAGCUCCUGUGCUAGUUGCUCUGGCACUGAUUGAAUGUGGCAUGAAAUAUGAAGAUGCGGUUCAGUUUAUCAGGCAGAAACGAAGAGGGGCAUUUAAUUCCAAGCAAUUGCUGUACCUGGAAAAGUACCGGCCUAAGAUGCGCCUUCGGUUCAAGGAUGGCAAUAAUCACUGCUGUAUGCAGUAAUGCUGCGUGCAAAUCACUGGCUUUAUCAGAUCCUUGUCACCAGUAAAAAUGGAUAUGGUGGAAAUCUUGAAUCUGAAAGCAAGAUCGCUUUUUCUUGCCUCCGUCCCAUUGGAAAAUGAAACCUGCAAAAAAGUGCAACAGAAAGCAAAACAUAGUCGAAUUGAAACACAUUUCAGUGAAGGACUUUUUUUUUGUUUAACUUCUCUCCCACUUUUUUUUUCUUUGUAUAAGUGCAAGGAUAAUUUUAUUUUUUUUCUGUGAAAUGUUAGAAAACUUAAGAAAGAAAUGAGCAGGGCUGAAUAACAUAGCCCAGGUAUGAAUCCUAGCACUUCCAGAUUGCCAAACGUGGAGCAAUACAGGCAAGGGCAUGAUAAGCAAAUAAACUGGCCUAAAGUGUAACUGAAUAAUGUUUAUCUAGAGAAUGCACAGUAGCCUAUUGUAAGCCAGACUUGUGAGCUAAAGCAACAAGCCCACAUCCUCCUUAUGGUUUAUGCACAGAUAAAUAUAAGAUUAGCGAAUAUGGAAUGAUUACUGAUUUCUAUAUUUCUUCCCCCUAAAGCCUCCCAACAUAAAAUGAAAUCUACAGUAAAAGACAGGAUGCAUAAAGAAAACUCAACCUAUCUCAGGACCAUAAAUGCCUAUUUUUUAUUCUGGAAUAAAGCUAUUGCUGUUCCACCUUAAGCCAAAUCUGUCAUUCAGUGGCCACAAAAUGAUCUAGUUUUGGAUAUAAAUAAAAUAGAAUCUGUUAUUGAUACCUUUUUUCCCAUAGGCUUGGUAACAGCAAUGCCAUAUGUGUGCAUGAAAAUAGAUCUACAUUAGUUUAGAUAUUAAUUGUUCCAGCUGGAAAAUGAACUGUGUUUGACAAAAUACUGUAUUAAUUAAGCAUAUCUAAGCAUUGCCCCCACCCCAAUAUAAUCUUAAUGGAGUCAGGGGAACAAAUAUCUCGACUGCCACAGGUUUAUUGUAAGAAUAAUAAAUUCUUGCUUGUACAUAAACAGAGCUGCUGUGUGCAUAUCCUCUGGCCAAAUAGAGGAGGAUGUUAGGCAUUUAUUUGUUAGAGAACACAUCAAUUGUACUGGUGAGAGCUGUAUUUUAGGGAAAGACAAAUACACUUGUUAAUAUUUAUUUGCUUUGUGGGGCUCUUGUAAUGUUCUAGCUGCAGGAUGGAAUACAUUAGCAACUCCAAUUUCAGCUGAGUUCCACUUCCAUUGGAAUUUCUUGACCCCCAGAGUCUUAUUUUGCUGUUUACAAUCGGCCUUUAAGAACGUUUUACUUGCCACAUUAUGAAUUAAAAAGUAAAUUGUAAUGUUCUCCUAAACACCUGCAUCUGACAGGUAAAGGUUGUGCAGGCAAUGCAAAGUUUUGAUAUCCAUAGGAAAUAAACUGAACAGCCAAAUCUCAAGCAUUUAGCCUAAUAGUGCCCACUAAGAGCUGUGCAUCUAGGACAGAUAAGGAACUUUCCAUAUGAAAUCUGCAAUGCCAAAAAAUACAAAAUCAUGAUGUCCUAGCCUUUUGGCAUGUGGGUGCUAAACUCAGCCUCUUUUUAUACAAGGUCUGGUUGCUGUUCUUUCAGUUUUUAAAGAGCUGGUGGAAACUCGUGCCUAUAUGGUCUUUCCUCCCUUUUGCAGUAAAAUUAUGUUCAGGGGGAUGAACGACGCUCACAGACUAUAACUUAUUAAUUUAAUUUUCAAGCAUUUAAAUAAAUAUAAUUUUGUUUUCUUGGAGGACAUGCUGAGCUGUGCAGAUGUACACAGUUAUGUUCAUCAAUACAACAGAAAAAAAUCUCAUGAAACGUAUUCAAUAAAAUAUUUUACAAAAUA